AUGUCAACAGAUAGUGAAAUUCAAGAAACCUUUAAUAGAAUACAAUCACAACACAAAGGUGUUAAAGGAAUAUUGAUUGUAAACAAGUUUGGAUCAAUCUUGAAAUCAACAUUUGACAAUGAAUCAAAUACACAAUACUCCAAGCUAAUUCUUGAUCUCUACCCAAGACUCGACUCUCUAUUAAAGGUUAAUGAUCCUAGAGAUGAACUUUCAUUCUUUAGAGUUAGAUCAAAAGAUAACGAUAUUAUGAUCUCUCCAGUUGUUAAUCAAAUUCAACAAUAA